UUCAGACAUUUUGAUAACAAGUUAUGUAUAACAUCAGAGAGAAAAAACAGCAUAGUAUCUCAAAUAAAACAACAGGCAAAUAACAAAAUAAUAACUUUCGGAAAGGUUGGCAAACCAAUGUCGGACUGGAUUGUGGACUCAAGUAAACAGCUUCCAAAUUCGGUUACAUGUCCGUAAUUAGAGCUGGCAAUGCCCUACAAACACUUCCAUUCGCGUGCGCCAUUUUGAUAUAUUCGUGUAUUUCGGCGUAAUGCAUUUGACUGAUUAUUUCAAUAAAAUACAACAAAUAAAUACGCAAAAAAGUGUUAAAAUUGUUAAUGAAAGAGGCAGCAACAAAUUUAGUAGUAAAAUUUGUCCAGAAAUUUGUUAGUCUGAGUAUAAAGUGUGCUUGAAGUUACGGACUGUAUUCCAAAGUGAAAAAUUUUCAGACGACUACACUAAAAUUUGUUCGUGUCCCGAAAGACAAGCGUUUGUUCGGUCUCGUGUAAUCCACUAAUAUAAAGGGGGAAAAAAUCGAAAAUCGUCAACUUUCCCCGUGAAAAAUUGUGAAAAAUUCAAAGACCCAUGUAGCAGAGUGAUUAUAGAAAAAUUAGAAAUCUCGUACCUUGUAUAUUUGGAAAAUAUAUAUGUGUUUUGGAGUUGGAGUUGGUGUUGAAAAACUGUGAAACUGUUUAUAUUCAAGUGAUUACGACAAAUGGACAUGAAUUGUUUUGCAAUCGCAUUAUACUAUUCAUAUUUCCAUAGCCUAAAAGUGCAACGAAACACAGGUGCGACCAGUUACAAGGCUUGUUUAGCAUCGGACGUGUCAUAUAUUUUCUAGAUUAUUUGAAUGAAUCGUCUGCGCAAACAUUAAUUGCCGAACAGCCUCCGGGUGGAGUCCUCGUCAUUAUUUUGUUAUCGCUUGGAGCUUAAAAAUUGGAUGCGAGGCUCACUCUACCCUCGUCCACAUAUUAAUUGCAAAAUUAAGAGGAGAACAUAAAGUAUUUGGUGUCGACAUUACGCACUAAUAAAAGUAAUCGACGAAUGAAUAGUUGAAGGAAUUGAAAUAAGUGGAAAAAGGAGCAGACGUGAUAAACAGGAAUUAAAGACAGAAGAUAUAAUUAACAGUAGCAGAGAAACUCGUUUUGUUUUUCUUUUCGUUACAACGUUCGCAGUACCAUCGUGUAGCAAAGUGAAGCAAUCGUCGACGGUGGCCAUCGUAGCUGCAUGGUAAUUGUUGCCAUCGUCGCAUUACACUUCUAUAUGUCUCUUUCGCACUUAUCGAUGAUUAAAGGUAAAAAAAGCCGCAUACGAAUGGAACGCAUAGAAAGUGAGUAGGGAACAACGAAAAACAAAACAAAGCAUACACAACAACAGCAGUCGCAUUAGUGGCAGCAGUAUAUUAAUAAAGUCAACUAGAAAGAAUAAUAGGAAGUGGCAAAUCGUCAAGAAGUAUUGCAAAGCAGCGCUGUUGUCUGAUUCGAAAUGUUUAUGUAGUAUGUGAAUUGGUGAGAAUUACUGGUGUAAAUUCGUGAGUACGAGUAUAUCGUGCACACGAAGUACGAAAAGGUGGCAAAGUAGAAGGGUAAAGCCGUAUACAGAUUGUUGGUGAUUGUUCGAACAGUUUUUGUUCCAAAUAUUUUUUGGCACAAGCAUCGUAGAAGAACACUAUAAAGUGUGAACUCUGUAUACGUUCGUAUUAUUUGCUUCGUUGGAGGAACAUUUCAUAAAGGUCCCAUUUGCUUAAAAACUUACGCAUAUGUAUUUUUAUGUGUGCUACUGCAGUGAUGAUUUAAAUGUAUAAUUCGGCAGUGCAGUUGCAGCGGCCGUUCACGAAAACCACAGCCCCUUAGAGCAGCAACUGCGAAAAUUGUAUACCGCUUGGAUUGAGUCAAACAAGUAAUGAAUGAAAAAAUAAAAUCACCCUCUGGGCAGGGUGGUGCUGCUGGCGGAGGCGGUCUUGGACCGCCAAGUGGUGCGAGCGGACAAAUUGGAGUUGGUCAACCAGGGGGAAGUGGUAAUGGUGGUCCUGGUGCUGGUGUACCAAGCGGUCCCGCUCCCCCUAUUUCGUCCAUUAGCGGUGGGCCACCUACUGGUGGACCGCCUGCACCAAAUAAUGGUAACGAUCCACAACAACAUACAAUGCCACAUGCAUAUGGGCCACCUGGAGGUGAUCCUGCCGUAGCAAUGUCGCACUAUCAUAUGCAUCAACAAGCGCAUCCACAACAACAUAUGCCUCACCAGGGCGGCCCCGGUGGUCCACAGAAUCCUGGUGAACAUCCACAAAAAGAUGAAUAUGGACAAGGUCCUUUGGCUGGACCACCGCCACCACCCCCGGGCGGUCAUCAUCCAGUUUAUGGGCGUUAUCAUCAUCCAGAUCCAAAUAUUGAUCCUUACCGUUAUGGGCAUUCCCCAAUGCAACAGCCACCCCCCGGAGGUAAACCACAGCAGCAACCGGGACCCCCGUCAGGUCCAGGAGGUAGUAUUGCCUCUCCCAGUCGUCCACCACAGCAACGAUAUAUUCCAGGGCAGCCACCACAAGGCCCUACACCCACAUUAAAUUCGCUGCUGCAGUCCUCACAUCCACCACCACCCCCACAACAUCGCUACGCCAAUAGUUAUGAUCCCCAACAACAACAACAACAACAAGUUGGUCAGCAGCAGCAGCAGCAGGGAGGACCACAAGGUCCACACGGACCACCGCCACCACCACAUCAACCAUAUGGGGCGCAACAGGGAUGGGCGCCACCACCACGUCCGUACAGUCCACAAUUGGGACCGUCGCAGGCCUAUCGAACGCCACCACCGACAAAUACUUCCAGAGGUCAAUCACCUUAUCCGCCAACACAUGGUCAGAAUUCAGGUUCCUAUCCAAGCUCACCCCAACAACAGCCGGGCGGUCCACCGCCCCCACCACCGCAAUCAUCAAAUCAAGGUACGGCUGCCGCACAAUACUCACCAUACCCACAGCGGUAUCCCACUCCGCCUGGGACGGCGACAGGCCCAAACCAUCGAACUGCCUACUCACAACAUCAGUAUCCUGAACCUAAUCGACCUUGGCCUGGUGGUACAUCGCCUGCCCCUAGUCCUGGCCCCGGUGGCCAUCCUCAUCCUCCAGCAUCACCACAUCAAUCGCAACACGGCGGCCCACCGCCUAGCAGUAGUCCCGGUCAUGCACCGAGUCCUUCGCCACAGCCAUCGCAGGCGUCGCCAUCACCACAUCAGGAAUUGAUCGGUCAGAACAGUAACGAUAGUUCCAGUGGUGGCGCACACAGCGGUAUGGGCUCCGGACCGCCUGGCACACCCAAUUCGCAGCAAGUGAUGCGUCCUACACCUUCACCAACAGGCUCAUCGGGUUCGCGAUCCAUGUCACCAGCAGUGGCACAAAACCACCCAAUUUCACGCCCCUCAAGUAAUCAAUCGAGUAGUGGCGGUCCUAUGCAGCAGCCUGGCACAACUGGGCCUCCUCCGCCACCACCACAUUUGCAAGCGGCACAAGGUGGCGGAGGCGGUGGUUCACAACAGCAGCAAAUGGCAGCGCAAUCGCAAUCACAACAGCAAACAAUGGGUGGUCCAGGAGGGGUCGUCGGCACACAACAACAAGGUACUGGCCUACCAUCGGGGGGACCAAGCGCUCCAACUGGUUCACAACAACAACCACCGCCACCAAAUCAAGGCAUGAACAGCAUGACAACACCCCCUCCUCAAGGUGCUGGCGGAGGCGCAGGUGGCUAUGCACCGCCGCCACAUAUGCACGGUGUCUAUAAAAUGGGCGGUCCAGGGCAAAGUCCGGUCCCAGGACCGCAAGUUUUGCCAAGUGGUUAUCCGCAACCACAACAGUCGCAGCAAUAUUCUCAAGGAUCCUACCCGCCUCGUCCGCAAUACACACCCAGCGGUUAUGCGCCCAAUCAACCGCCGUCAAAUCAACCAACCUCUGCGAACAGUAUGCCUCCAAGUGGGGGCCCUCAAUAUCCCGGCAGACCAAUGCCAAAUCAUACCGGUGCUGGCGGUCCACAUACACAGUAUCCACCCUUUCAGAACUGGGUACCACCAUCGCCACAAGUUGGACCAGGCGGCAGUGGUACGCCAGUUGGCGCCGGUGGAGCGGGCAUGGGCAAUCACGUCCAGGGCAAAGGCACACCUCCACCGGGUGGCCCACCACAACCACCCGGCGGUGGCUCACCACGUCCAAUCAACUAUCUAAAGCAGCAUUUACAACAUAAGGGCGGCUAUGGUAGUAGUCCAGCGCCGCAGCAAGGUUAUGGUAAUGGGCCGGGUAUGCAUCCGGGUAUGCCGAUGGGUCCGCCGCAUCAUAUGGGACCGCCCCACGGACCCACAAAUAUGGGUCCACCAACGAGCACACCACCACAAACUAUGGGCGGAGUUGGUACCCUCGGCAAUAUGGUGGGUGUGGGUGGAAGUGUUGGUAGCGGUGUCCUAUUAUCCAGUGACGGCGAACACAUUUCUCAAGAUAACGGCAUUAGUUCUUCGGGCUCAUCUACAGCAUCGGGAGUACACCCAGUAACGUCGGUGGUGACAACCGGACCGGAUGGCACCCCAAUCGACGAAGUUAGUCAACAAAGUACGCUAUCAAAUGCAUCAGCAGCUUCUGGAGAAGAUCCGCAAUGUACAACGCCAAAAUCACGUAAAAAUGAUCCAUAUAGCCAAAGCCACUUAGCGCCACCCAGCACAUCGCCGGUAGGACAUACCGGACAUCCAGGUGGACCGGGGGAAGAAUAUGAUAUGAAUUCACCACCAAAUUGGACACGACCACCAGUAAGUCCGCAGGUUUUCAAUAGCCACGGGCCGCCACAGGAGACUUUUCGCCCGUCGUCUACGAAAAAAUCUGAUAGUUUAUGCAAACUAUACGAAAUGGAUGAUAAUCCGGAAAGACGUAGUUGGCUUGAUAAGCUGCGUGCUUUCAUGGAGGAUCGGCGCACACCUAUCACCGCCUGUCCAACAAUAUCGAAACAACCGCUCGACUUAUAUAGGUUAUAUAUUUAUGUAAAAGAACGUGGAGGAUUCGUCGAGGUAUGCAAGGUUACGAAAAGUAAAACAUGGAAGGAUAUUGCCGGUUUAUUGGGUAUAGGCGCAAGUAGCAGCGCUGCUUAUACACUACGCAAACACUAUACGAAGAAUUUGUUGACCUUCGAGUGUCAUUUCGACCGAGGUGAUAUCGAUCCUUUGCCAAUCAUUCAACAAGUAGAAGCCGGGACCAAAAAGAAAUCGACAAAAGCCGCUUCUGUACCAUCGCCAGGUGGUGCAAUUGCGUUGGACAAUACAAAUACAUCAACAAUGUCAGCAGGCUCCUCGAAUUCCCAAGAUUCAUUCCCAGCACCGGGCACAGCUGCAAAUGCAUCGAUGGACGGUUAUCCAGGUUACCCGAGCGGCUACCCUGGCACAGCUGGUCCACAACCAGACUACGGAGCAGCUGGUGGUCAAAUGCAACGGCCACCCUCACAAAGCAACGCACAAACUCCACACGCAGGCAAUACUCAAACAGCAGCUGCUGGAGAUAAUAUUAGUGUGAGCAAUCCUUUUGACGAUCCGGUUGUGGGUGGCGGCGGUAGUGGUGGCAAUAGUAGCGUCAGCAAUGCACCACCACCGCCGCGUGCCUCCCCUUAUCAACAGGGCGCUGGCAAUGCUUACACGCCGGUGUCUAGGACGCCAGGUUCUCCAUAUCCCGGUCAACCGGGUGCCUAUGGUCAAUAUGGAUCAAGUGAUCAAUACAAUGCGACAGGUCCUCCCAGCCAAUUUGGCCAGAGCCAAGGACCACAAUUUCCGCCACAAAAUCGAAAUAUGUACCCUCCUUAUGGACCAGAGGGGGAAGCUCCUCCACCUGGUGCGAAUCAAUAUGGCACUUACAGCAAUCGUCCUUAUGGUCAACCACCGGGCAGCUCUCAAACUCCUACGCCACCCGGCUCGGCUGUUGCAGGUACUGCUGGUCCACCUACCGGUCCACAAACUCCAGGCGGCGGAUAUCCGACAGCCACUCCAACCCAGCAAGAUUAUUAUAGACCACCAGAUCAGACACCUCAACCACGGCGACAUCCAGAUUUUGUGAAAGACUCUCAGCCUUAUCCAUAUAAUGCCAGACCCCAACUGUAUGGUGGUUGGAGUAGUUCGACUCAAUACCGUGGCCAGUAUCCUUCUGCACCGUCUCCACAGGGUUGGGGUGGCGCACCACCACGAACAGCCGCACCCCCAGGUAGCGGCCCCCUUGGACCACCAAACCAACAAGCUUCGGCCGCCGUACAAUGGGAGCAGCAUCGGUAUGGGCCACAACAGCCGCCACCACCACCACAACAACAGCCACCAUACCAACAACAGAGCCAGCAGCAACAGCCCCCGCCGCCGCCACAAUGGGCACAAAUGGGAGGCAGCACUCAGGUCCCAGCGCAGGCCGGUGUUCCAGGCACGGCCCUACGACCAUCUGUUAGUGGCCAACAGCAACCGCCACAACAACGUCCCGGCAUGCCGCCACCUCCCGCCCAGCAACAACCCGUCGGACCGACGUCCAGCCAAAACAUCGCAAAGCCGCCAUUUGUGAUGCCACCCCCACCACAAGUUGGUGGCACGGGUGCUGCUACCUGCGGACCACCUCCUCCUGUUGCUCCACCCAGCACGGUCCCUACUAUGCCGCCAGUUAUGGGUGCUCCAGUGGCUAGUGUGCCUAAACCACCGGUAUCAUCCGUGAGUGUUGCACCACAAGUAGGUGUUCCCGGGCUACCCCCGGUUCCGCCACAACCGCAGCCAAUGCAAGCGCAACCACAACAACAGUUCGCUACUCCUCCUGGCGCACCAUUAGUCAAAAAGGAAAUCAUUUUCCCUCCCGACAGUGUGGAAGCCACCACACCUGUGCUAUAUAGACGUAAGCGUUUAGCAAAAACAGAUGUUUGCCCUGUGGAUCCCUGGCGCAUAUUUAUGGCCAUGCGCUCCGGUCUUUUAACGGAAUGCACAUGGGCAUUGGACGUUUUAAAUGUCUUACUAUUCGAUGAUACAACGGUACAGUACUUUGGCCUGGCACAUUUGCCUGGCUUGCUGACUUUACUUUUGGAGCAUUUCCAAAAGAAUCUCGCAGAGAUGUUCAAUGACGGCGAUAUGGAUGUUGAACAUCGCGGUGGAAAUCGAAAUGCACGAGUAGUACAAAUCUGCAAACGCAAACAACGCCACCGCGGAUUCAACGAAUCUUCUGAAUGUAGCAACGACAACGAUGACCGAUUAAAAUCACCUAAGCUGCAAUUGGCUGAGAAUGACGACGAGGAUGAAGGAAUCGAUUUGGGACAGGUUCGUUCUCUAGCGAAUCCUGAGGAGCGAGUAAUUUUGCUUUCGCAUACUCCCAACUACACAAUGAUGUCACGAAAGGGUUUGCCGGUACGCUUGCAACCAGCCGAGGACGAUAUUUUCGUAACAAACACACAGAAAGAGUGGGACUCAGAAGUGGAGCCUAUUUAUGAACAGGCAAAUGUGACUGAAACUACUGCCUGGAGUUGGACGUAUGGUUUUGCGGAUCGUAAUGCACAAGACGGCAUUAUCGACGUGUUUAAGUCGGAAAUAAUAAACAUUCCUUUUGCGCGUUUCAUACGCGGUACCAAUGAGAAGAGUUCCAAAAGUGGAGUUACGAAAAACGGGUUGUGCAGCACGGAAAGCUGUGAAGCUGGUAGUAAGACUCUGAUGAACAUAGAGCAGUUGGAAGAGAGCUCUGCAGAAGAUAGCAAAAUGGAGCACACAUUUAACAAAAAGAGGCGUUUAUUCAAUAAUAGCAGCAGUAGUAGUGGUAGCAAACAAAUCUCAACCGCUGUGGUAGGCAGUUGUGAGGCUAGUGGUGCCAAGAAAACCAAAUUAAAUGAUGACGAAGAGGCAUUUGCGCAGCCGGGUCUUGUUAAGAAAGAGCUAAUUGAUGCGACACACACAGAAAAUACACCAGUCGGGACUGACAGUGAUUGUCGUGAGGUGGACAUGGAAAUCGAGCUGCUACCCCAGCAACGUAUAACGAAUGGCGGUAGUGCACCUAAGACCUUUGAUCCAAUGACAACAGUACGCGAUGCUGCACAAGUUUUGCAGCGUCGCCGCGCGUCUACCGUGGAAGAAGAGUGUUAUACGCGCGACGAAGCCAGUCUAUAUCUGGUUAGUGAGUGGCAAGAUGCGCUGGCGCGUCGCUGCAUAUGUUUAUCGAACAUCUUCCGAAACCUGACCUUUGUGCCCGGUAACGAAACGCUUUUAGCCAAGUCGCGUCGGUUUCUCGCCAUCCUGGGCCGUCUUCUUCUGCUCAACCACGAACAUUUGCAAAGAACUCCAAAGACGCGCAACUACGACCGUGAAGAGGACACCGAUUUCUCAGACUCAUGCAGUUCACUUCAAGGCGAGCGUGAAUGGUGGUGGGAAUAUCUCGUACACAUACGUGAGAACAUGCUCGUCGCUUUAGCAAACAUUGCUGGGCAUUUGGAACUGUCGCGUUACGAUGAGCUCAUUGCGCGGCCACUUAUCGACGGGCUGUUACACUGGGCUGUAUGUCCGAGUGCGCACGGUCAAGAUCCAUUCCCCUCUUGUGGCCUGAAUUCUUCCCUUUCGCCGCAGCGACUAGCGCUAGAGGCACUAUGUAAACUUUGCGUCACAGACGCUAACGUCGAUCUCGUGAUAGCAACACCGCCGCAUUCAAGGCUUGAAAAAUUAUGUGCAGUCCUGACGCGCCAUCUGUGCCGCAAUGAGGACCAAGUUCUGCGCGAGUUCUCUGUUAACCUGCUACAUUACUUAGCCGCAGCGGAUAGUGCCAUGGCACGUACAGUGGCAUUACAAUCGCCUUGCAUCUCAUAUCUUGUGGCGUUUAUCGAGCAGGCCGAGCAAACAGCCCUAGGUGUGGCCAACCAGCAUGGCAUCAACUAUCUACGCGAGAACCCCGACUCAAUGGGUACAAGCUUAGACAUGCUGCGUCGCGCUGCAGGCACGUUAUUACACUUGGCCAAGCAUCCGGACAACCGUUCGUUAUUCAUGCACCAAGAGCAGCGGUUACUCGGCUUGGUGAUGUCUAAUAUACUUGAUCAACAGGUUGCAUUGAUUAUUUCGAGAGUACUGUUUCAAGUCUCGCGUGGUACGGGCGUGGGUGGCCCAUUGACAGUGCCCACUCUGGAAUACCGCUUCCAACAACGGCAGGCCGAGGAAAAAACCGCCAAAAACGAGAUCCACUUUGGUGCCGCCACUAUAGGCGCUAAUCAAGUAAAAGUUGAGGUGAAAACUGAAGCAUCAUCCGCAUCAACAGUAACAAUAAAAGCUGGAUCACCAACGUCAGCUCUGGACGCUACGGCACAUUCUGCGCCAUGUGCAGCGUCCAACAAUAUUAACAGGGAAGAACAGCCAACUGCCGGCGUAGCCGCCGGCGACGACGAGAGUAACAUUAGUGCUAAUGGUAACAGCGGCGCCAGCAACCACAACAUUAGCGAUAAUAGCUGUGAUCCAUCAGCAACGCACAAACCAUCAACAACAACAGCGGCAGCGCAAUUGAGUAAGAGCCAGAAUGCCUGUGCCACGCUCGAUGAUAACAGCAACAGCAGCAAUGCACUAGCGCCAGCUUCUGCUCUAUUAAAUGACGUCAGCAAUAGCAGCACGAAUAGCAACAGCUGUGGUACAGUAAGCAGCAAUAGCAAUAGUAAUAGCAUAAGCAGUGGCAACAACAACACCAGCAGCAAUAUACACAUAAAGAAUGUGAUAGAAAACGCCAAUGUGAAUGCGCUAAUCGGCGGUGGCCCAGCACUAGCUAACAGCGACUCGAGUCAUAUGCAAUCAGUUCUAAUGAGCAACAGCAGCAGUGGUGGCAAGAAUGUGAUUAGCGCAAGCGCAUUGCCUACGGUUAAUGCAGCACCACCACUCGGCGCCAACGCCACCAACAACAAUGGCAACGGUGCAGAUAUUAGAAACGAUACUCCGCCCUCCACGGCGGUGGCUAGCGUACCCGUGGUAUCGUCACCACCACCUACCGCAACAGUGGCGGCGGCGGCAGCAGCAACGCCAAACGCGACAGCAGCACCUGCAGCAACUACAACCGCAGCGGUUGCGUAGUACAUGACCAUGUUGCCGAUGUUGGCACCAGUGCCGCCGGCAGUUUCGCUUGAGCAGCAGCAGCAUCAACUACAACAACACGCUAAUCUAACAAUAGAGCAGCAACAGCAUGAACAUCACCCUCUGCAGCAACAACAACAGCACCAGCAUCAUUACGCACAGUUGGAACCACAUUAUCAACACCAACAACAAACACCGCAGCAGCCAAACUACCAUAUACCGCCAUACCACUACCAAUGGGGCAAGCAACAGGUGCCUCUGCAGCCGACACCACCGUCAACACAUCCUCCCCCACUUCAACAGCCGGAAGAUGCGCGCUGAAUGAUGUCAAUAUGAGCAUAUAUUAUAAAUUAUUAGAACGUAGCAAGAAGAACAAAUGCAACGCAGCAGCAGUAGUAGCAAAAAUAGGAAAUGAAGCUAAGACGAUUGCAGGAAAUUUGCAUAGAGGCACUUGGCUUAUAAAUUAAUAAAUUAGAGUUUAAUGCUAAGAGGGACAUUUGUAACAACGAUGUAGACCAAUCUGCUUUGUCCCUCGCCCUCUACAGACAAAAAUGCAUGUACUAUAUGCUUAGACAUAAUAGCACAUACAUUAAACAUACAUACAAAUUGUGGUGAUUAAACCUGUAGAUAUAGUAAAAUGAUUAGUAUUUAGUGUGUGUAAAAAGUAUGUCUCGCUUUUUGUAUUUUAUUACUAUUAUUAUUAUAUUAAUAUUUUAAGAAACUUAUAAUUAAUUUCUACCUAAGCUGGGAUAUAGAAUUAGUUGAAUUAAAUAACCAACAUGCGACAAGAAUAUAAAAAGAAAUCCACUAACUAACCGAAGAAAAAUAUAUGUAUAGCUGCUAGAAGCACGUUCCGAUUAGUGUUGAAGAGAUUCGAUUAUGGCAAUAUUGUAAAUUAAAAGUCGCAAAACUUGUCUCGUAUAUUCACUCAAUAUUCACACUGUGAAUAAUUCAGGCGUGCUAUUCCCUAGAUUUUAUAUCAUUGUUGUUCUAACUAAAUCAUAAAACCGUCAACUUUUUCCUUUUACUUUAUUACGGUCAGCUGUUAAAAUUUGAAAUUUUGAAAGUCCAAAAAUAUCUACAUAGCUAGAAUUUUGAAUCUCACAUCUAUUUGAUUGGCAUUAUAAAAUGGUAAUUUCAUAUUUCUCAAUGCAUCUAACUGGGCACAUAAAGGUACAUACUUAUUUUUUGAUUACUUUAGAUCUGAGAAUUAUCAUGGAAACAGUUUAUUGCAUAGCAAAGAAAAAUUCAUCUGCGGUAAAUAUCACUGUAUAUUUAGUAUUCUCUGAGACGCAAUUGUGCUCCACAUGUUUGUGUUAAUGAAAAUAGUAAUGCCAACUGUCUUGUUUGUUAGUAACUCAUAAUGAAAGCUCAUUGAAUAUAAAUAGAACUUGUUUAUUUUGUUUGUUUAAAUAUUUAAUACGUUUGUUUCAAUUUUAUUUUCUGUAACAUAUUAAGUAAAUGUAAAUUUCGCAUAAUUUACUAAGUUACUAAACCCAAAAAUUCCUAAAGAACCUUAUUUACUCCGAGUUUCAUAUCGCUGGUUAUGCUCACAAGUAAAUACAAUCAUAUUAACAGGCGCACAUAUAGUGACAAAAUACAAUAAACGUAACACAAAGAAAACUAAAAUAAUUUAGAAAUAUUUUAAGCAUUUUUGUCACACGCUUAAUUAAAAAUUAAAACUAACUAAUUUACAUUAGUUUUGCAAAUUAAUAAUGUAAAUCGAGCGAAAUAAUACACAUACAUGUAUAUAAAUUUAAACUACGUAUAUAUGUAUGAUGUGCAUUCAGUAAGGAUAGAAACAACAAAUAUAAAUAUAUACGAGUACAUAGAUGCAAAAUACUAAUAAAUGAAAACGUAAAAAACAGUGCUUAAUAAGGGGAAAAACAAAAGAGAAAAAUAUGAAAACAAAAAUAUAAAAUAGAAGAGUUCUAAAGGUUUAAGUUAAUUUCUAUACUUAUGUAUGUCUACAUUUUAAGACUUAUUGAAUUACAUAUAAUAUAUAUUGUAAAACAAUAAUAUGUAAACAUGCAACGUAAACUAUUAAUUAUGUUAUGCGAAUGCAUGGUGGAAAACAAAAGUAAAAUAAAAAUAAAAAACAGCAAAAACCAUAUUAAAAUAAA